AUGUUCGUUAUCUUUCUGCAGAGGCCCAUUUGGAAGCAAGACUGCCUCUCCUUCCACUUUGCCAGCAAGCAUUUCGAUAACGAGAUGCGGCAGGCAUCCACUGACUGUGCCAAAGCGAGCAGCCGUUUGGUCUAUAAAAUAGCUGCGACUGCAGUGGCCCACACCGUCAUCCGGAAGUGCCGCCUCCUGUGUCACGGGCAUGUUUGGGUACAUUCUGCUCUGCAUGGCGGUGGAGGAGAAGCUGGAAAGAAGGCGGCGUCUGCCGAACCGUGUGGGCACGGAGCGAGCCGCGGUCCUCGGGCGAGGCCAGGCCCCGCGGAGCGACCUCAGCGCCUGGGGAGCGCUCGCAGUCUUUGGGUUCCUGCUGCCAAACCCCGGCCCCCUGGGCUCUCCGCAGCCCCGCAGAGGGGGCGCACGGGCGAGUCCUGGGCGGGAAGGGUGGCCGCGCCCCCAGGAGACAAAGGCCGGGGUCUCCGGCCGCAGCACCGCCCAGCGCCGCCAGGUCCUCACCUCGAAAUCUCUUCCAGCUCUGCGGGCGCGGCUCUAAACGACUGCCCUGCAUUCUCUUCUGCGAGAUACACAAACCCUCUCUUGGAGUCUGGAUUGGGACCCCUUUCCGGUAACACAAAUGAGGCCCUCAAUGGAUUAGGUGAUGUCUACUCACACUUGCCAUCUACUUCACUGACUCCACUGCCAGAAAUGCUCAUCUCAUCUGGAAACACCCACACAGACACACCCAGAAACAGUAUUUAAUCUGGGCACCCUCUGGUGCAGUCAAGUUGACAUAGAAAAUCAACCACUGAGGAUUCAGCAGCGAGCAAACCAAAACAAAGAAAAACCAAGCCUUCUUGAAGCUUGCAUGGGAUUGGGGUUGACACAGAUGACAAUUUCCCAAGGCUACACAAAAGUCAGAGAAUGUGAGCAGGCAUCCUGUAUUUUCCACUGAUUCACAGCAGAGACCAAUACUGUAAGAAUUUCUCACGGUGAAGACACUCCUAUGAUAGCCUCUACUUACCAAAUCAGUCAAUGAAUAGAGACGGGGUUUCACCAUGUUGACC